GCUGGGCCGCCGUUAGACCCGGGGUGGAGUUUGUGCUAUCGGGGGCUAUCUGCUCACUGCAGUGAAUGUAGCUCAACAACGACAGGCUACUGUAAGGAAAUAAACUAGAGGUCAUUGGGAAGAGCUGGAGAAACAGGAAAACAGGAGCGAAGAGGGGGAAUAGCUGCUGAUAUUGACUUCUGCUUGUGGACUAACGUUUUAGUAAUAUCGUUACUUUAUGAGUUUUGAGUUGAGGGCACUUUGCCUCCCUCCCAACUUCAAUUUUAGCUUUUAAAUAGACAAUUUCUGGCUCCACAACCUGACUGAUUACAGGGUGUGUAUCCGUAUGAGGCCGUUGUCCUACAGAUGAGCCAUCGCUGGGGGCUGUUGUGUCGCAGACCCAGAUAAUCCCUGGUGGCUGCGGCCCAAGCCCAGCCCUUACCCAGCAUGCCCAACGCGGUUCGUGCAGGGAGUCUGAAGGACCCCGACAUUGCCGACCUCUUCUUUAAGGAGGACCCUGAGAAGCUCUUUAUCGAUCUGAGAGAGAUCGGCCAUGGCAGUUUUGGCGCGGUCUACUUCGCACGAGAUGUGCGCACCUCAGAAGUGGUCGCCAUCAAGAAAAUGUCCUAUAGUGGGAAACAAACCAAUGAGAAAUGGCAAGACAUAAUCAAGGAGGUGAAGUUCCUACAAAGGAUAAAGCACCCAAACAGCAUUGAAUAUAAAGGAUGCUACCUGAGAGAGCACACAGCUUGGCUGGUAAUGGAGUAUUGUCUGGGCUCUGCUUCAGAUGUCCUCGAGGUACACAAAAAGCCCUUACAAGAACUGGAGAUAGCAGCCAUUACCCACGGUGCUUUACAAGGACUAGCGUAUCUUCACUCCCACAACAUGAUUCACAGAGACAUUAAAGCUGGAAACAUCCUAUUGACCGAGCCUGGCUUGGUCAAACUGGCUGAUUUCGGCUCUGCUUCCAUUGCUUCGCCUGCCAACUCUUUUGUGGGGACUCCAUACUGGAUGGCUCCUGAAGUGAUCUUGGCUAUGGACGAAGGCCAGUAUGAUGGAAAAGUAGACAUCUGGUCCUUGGGUAUAACCUGUAUUGAGUUAGCGGAGAGAAAACCUCCACUCUUCAACAUGAAUGCAAUGAGUGCCUUAUACCAUAUAGCGCAGAAUGAGAGCCCAACACUGCAGUCAAGUGAAUGGACGGAUUACUUCAGAAACUUUGUGGACUCUUGCCUUCAAAAGCUACCCCAAGACAGACCCACCUGUGAGGAGCUGCUGCAGCAUGCCUUUGUGUUGCGUGAGCGGGCCGAGUCUGUGCUGAAUGAACUGAUCCAGCGCACCAAAGAUGCUGUGAGAGAGCUGGACAACCUGCAGUCCCGGAAAAUGAAAAAGAUUCUCUUCCCAGAGGCACACAAUGGGCCUGCAGCGGAGGUGCCGGAUGAGGAAGAGGAGCCAGAACACUGUGCUGGGCGGACAGGCACAGUGAACAGUGUGGGCAGCAGCCAGUCCAUCCCCAGCAUGUCCAUCAGCGCCAGCUCCCAGAGCAGCUCCGUCAACAGCCUGCCCGAUGCCACUGCUGAGGAUAGUAAGAGUGAAUUGGAGCUGAUGGACGGAGACCGCACAGUUAUGUCCAACAGCUCCGUCAUUCACCUCAAACCGGAGGAGGAGAGUUAUCAAGAGGACACAGAGGCUCAAACUGUGCCACCUGAGGCACCGUCCCCACCUGCACAGACCCCUCGUCGUCAGUACCGCAACAGAGAGCACUUUGCAACCCUUCGCACAGCCUCACUGGUGACUCGUCAGAUCCAGGAGCAUGAGCAGGAUUCUGAGCUGCGGGAGCAGAUGUCUGGGUACAAGCGCAUGAGGCGGCAGCACCAGAAGCAGCUGCUGGCGCUGGAGAACAAGCUGAAAUCAGAGAUGGAUGAACACAGGCUCAAACUGGACAAGGAGUUGGAGAGCCAGAGGAGCAGCUUCAGCUCGGAGAUGGACAAGCUCAUUAAGAAGCACCAGGCUGCCAUGGAGAAAGAUGCCAAGACCUUUGCCAAUGAUGAGAAGAAGUUCCAGCAGCACAUCCAGAGCCAGCAGAAGAAAGAGCUGAGCAGUUUCCUGGAGUCUCAGAAGCGAGAGUAUAAAAUGCGCAAAGAGCAGCUCAAAGAGGAGCUAAAUGAGAAUCAAUCCACGCCAAAGAAGGAGAAGCAGGAGUGGCUGUCAAAGCAGAAAGAGAACAUCCAGCACUUUCAGGCAGAGGAGGAGGCAAACCUUCUACGCAGACAACGUCAGUACCUGGACCUUGAGUGCCGCCGGUUCAAACGUCGCAUACUUAUAGCUCGCCACAAUGUGGAGCAGGACCUGGCAAGAGAGGAGCUAAAUAAGCGACAGACACAGAAGGACCUGGAGCAUGCCAUGCUGCUGAGGCACCACGAGUCCAUGCAGGAGCUGGAGUUCAGGCACCUAAACACCAUCCAGAAGAUGAGGGCGGAACUCAUCCGUUUACAGCACCAGACUGAGCUCAACAACCAGAUGGAAUACAACAAGCGCAGGGAGAGGGAGCUGCGCCGUAAGCAUGUCAUGGAAGUCCGCCAGCAGCCUAAGAGCCUCAAGUCCAAAGAGCUCCAGAUCAAGAAACAGUUUCAAGAGACGUGUAAGAUUCAGACAAGACAAUACAAGAUCCUGAGGAACCAACUCCUCGAUAACACGCCCAAGUCAGACCACAAGACCAUGCUGAAGAGACUGAAGGAGGAGCAAACGAGAAAGUUGGCCAUUCUCGCCGAGCAGUACGACCACUCCAUCAAUGAUAUGCUGUCUACACAGGCUCUUCGACUGGAUGAGGCACAGGAGGCUGAGUGUCAGGUGUUGAGGAUGCAGCUGCAGCAGGAGCUAGAGCUGCUGAAUGCGUAUCAGAGUAAGAUUAAGAUGCAGACAGAGGCACAGCAGGAUCGUGAGAGAAAGGAGCUGGAACAGAGAGUGUCACUGCGCAGAGCUCUUCUAGAACAGAAGAUUGAAGAGGAGAUGUUGGCUUUGCAGAAUGAGCGGUCCGAGCGCAUCCGUAGCCUGCUGGAACGCCAGGCCCGAGAGAUCGAGGCAUUCGACUCCGAGAGCCUCCGCCUGGGCUUCAGUAACAUGGUGCUGGCCAACAUUUCCCCCGAGGGCCUAAGUCACAGCUUCCCUGGAGCACCGGCCAGCUGGGCACCGCAGCAGGCCCAGGGCAGCACAGCAACUUCACAAGGUUCCCACUGGAGCAGCAGCUCAGCCUCCAGCCACCACUACUACUCAGGUCAGGGAGGAACACCUGGCCAGCAGAGCUGGGGCCCAGCUUUACCUGGAGUGGGACCUCCACAGUGGAACCACACGUCUGCAAGCCCAAUGGGGGCAUUGCCAAAGAGCAGCGGGAGCGUGGGCAUGCGGAACAGCCCCCAGGCCCUGAGGAGGACCACCUCAGGGGGGCACAGUGAGCAGAGCAUGAGCAGGAGCACCAGCAUCACCUCUCAGAUAUCAAACGGCUCCCACCUGUCCUACACAUAGAUUCUGGAAUACCAGUGCCAGCCCUACUCUCUUACAAACACUCAUACGUGCAAACAAACAGGUUAGGGGACUGAUAGCAGAAAAAAAAUAAGCUGAACUGCAUUCCCCUAAGAUCAUACUUCCCUAUCCAUUGUUAAUAUCUCCCUCCUCCCCUCUCCAACAUGCAGGUUUGAGGUAUGAGAAGUAUGGAUAAAUGUUGCUCAGGUCAAUAGCUAUUCUGCCUCUGCAGGACAAUUGAUUGGCCCGCAUGCAGAGCUAGAGUAUGCCUGUGUCUAUAACUGCUAGCUCACUUACUGCUCAGUCAGUGGGACUCCUUGGAGUUCUUUUAAUUGUCUUUACAGUUCCCUCUAGUAAAUAGAACAAGUGUACAGUGUGUUAUGUACAAAAACUGCUCAACUUCCAUUGAGUUGAUGGAACAGGGUCACCAUUUAAUACACAGAAGCAUUAAUAAGAAAAGGUUACCAUAUAUCUUUGCUGUCAUGCAUGAAAAUUAGUUUAUCCAUUCUCUAUAUAAUGUAAUGUGAAUCUGGCUUUUGUCCUUUACAUUGUGUCAACAUUUCAUUUUAAUGAAUGGGCCAAUUUUACAUUGACUUUCAUUAAUUGUUAAAAAUGUUUCUUCCAUUGUUUGUAAAGGUUUUUGUUCAAGGUUUUUGCAUGACAGCAACGAUGUACUACAUUCUAGCCAAACUGAUCCUGAUUUAGUGUUGCCACAGUUCCUACUCUGCCACAUUGCCAGCCUGCUGUUAUUCCCCAAAAUGAGGUGAAGGUUGACUUGAAUCCCAAUGUAGGUUGUAAUUUGAGUUUAUUAGUUUAACUUAAGGAAAUUAAUGAUUAGUUAAUAUUAUUUAUAACUUCAAUAUGCAGAUUAUGUGUUCCAAUAUGGGUUAGAAUGACAAGGUAACUGCAGUCUUCCCAUGUAAUAGUUCUGCCAUAUGCACUUCAUACUGCCAGUGGUUUUAAAUAUUGUUUAGAAUUUAUGAUAUAUAAUUUUUCUUUGGUUGCAUUUUUACAUUUUUAAGAAUGUAUGAUUGAAAUUAGUGUAGCUAAAACGUUGCAGGUUGGUGCCAAUAAGAGCAAAAAUCCCCCUCUUUAGUAUUUUACUGAAAAAUGAUGGUGCUUCAGAUUGCUCUUUCUCUAUUAAACAAUUCUAUAGAAAAGCAUUUUUAUUCAUGACACACAUCUUAGUGUGUUUACGAAACUUUCUAAAAAAAAUGUCAUACUUUUGAUUUUAACUAUCAACAAAGUGAUAGUUAAAGACUUGCAGUGUUUACAUCUGGUCACUUCAUAUGACUACUAUUUGGAUUUUAAUUCAAGAUUCUAGCUAAGUGCAUUUUUAACAGUUGAUUGUACAAUAAUCCGAUUGCUGUGUGAGAUGGAAUAUGUAGAUUUGCAUGUUACACAGCAACUAUUACUAGUGUUCAGUUGUACCAAGAGGGAAUUUCGGAUAAUAAAUUGGAUUUUGAAGAGAUUCUAAGUGUUUAAACUGCUGUAACGUGACUCAACUGUGUUUCAAACCACCUUUUGAAGUGGUUUAAGCAAAUGUGUUUUGAGUGUGUUCACACAUGCAUUUCUAUCCAGAUAUACACCUUAUACUUUAAGAGGCAUUAAGUGACCAAGUGUAAACAGGGUCAGUGUGUUUGGUGGGAUUGUAAGUAUUUGGGAUUUGUUACAUUUGCAAGAAAAUUGAAAAAUUCUGCAGUUUGAAAACACAUUUGACAUAGACAUUUUAUCCUGAUUCUAAAUUUAAGCGUUUGUUAGAAGGAUGUUGUUGGCGAAUGAGGCCCCUGAUUCUAGAAGCACCUUUAUUUUAUUUAAGAUUGUAUUUAAGGAAAGAGCUAAUGAACAGUGUUUUGUCAGUGUUCAUGUUUCAGAGAUUGUCAUUUAGAGUAAUCAGUGUUUUUAAAAAAUAGUUAAAUGUGCCAUAAGUGGUGUGUUUCCCCUUACAAGUCAGUGUUAGUGUACCAAAGUGAUCUACCCCUUCAGAUACUUCCAAGAUAUGUGUUGUAAUAAUUUUUUUUCUCUACAUUAUAUUACAUUACUCUUCAUUAAUGUUGUAUACAUACGUUUAGUGACUGCUUGUACGUUUGGGUUGUUUUAAUGCUUUGUCGUUUCAGUUAGCAGUAUCUAGCCAAAGAGAUCAGGUACAUUUUUAUGUUAAGUUGAGUUAGUGCCUUUUAAUGCAUGUAUGUAUUGAAUGUACAGUACAUACAUGCCUGGGUUUGAAUGUGUUGCUGGACUACCUAUAACAGAAGUUGUACCUCAUUCAGGGAGUGAACUGGCUUAUGCGAUGUACAGAAGCUAUGUGAGGUUGUACAUCUGAACCUGAUGUGUCAUACUAGAACUGGUUGUGUUGUUGGAAUAGAGGGGGUGUGAGUGGCUAAAUAUAGAAUUAUGUUUUCCCUCUAUAUUCUAUCACACGCUGCAGAGCACAGACUGUGGAUUGGAGUGCCUUCUUUAAAAAAUAAGCUGCCUAGCUGGAGCACUUUAUGUACUGUAUAUUCGUUUGAGUGAGUCAGAAUUACAAAUACUGUCCUCAAUGGGACUGCAGGUGGAGAGGAUGCUAAAUGAUGUUACACAACAUUCAAAUUAAAACCUGCUUGAUUUCCAGCAGUUGCCAAAUACAGGUACUACCACUAAUUUCAGAGUGGUAUGUGUUGCUGCAGUAGCCAAAUAAUAUUGUUAGAUGUUGUAAACUAUUGAACAAAAGCUUGUUUAGGCUUUUAAGUCUUGUGUAUUUGUGAUUUAUUAGUAAAGAUGAGUCAAGGUUCUAUCCACAUGAUCUCUUAAAGCAGGUUCUUAAACCCAAGACAGUCCACAGUUUGAUCUAAUUUCAGUCCCUUAAUACAUACGGAGCACAAAAUGGACCAUAGAGCGCUUUGAGAACCUAGGGCUGUGUCUGGAUAAAUGAUUUUUUUUUGUUUUUAUCUCUGCUUAUUUCUCCUAAAUAUAAACCUAGAUAAACUGUAAUGGAACAGUAAGAGCAUUUUGUACUCUGAUCCAAAUCAGUUUCCCCAUUAAAAAUAAAAUCCAAGUGCACCAAAAUGCAGCACAACAAACCAAUCCUUAGUGAUAGUCUAGGCCAGGGGUUCUUAAUCUUUUUUGUGUGAAACCCCUCCCACACACACACAAGCACACUUCCUCAUGGCAAAGAGCUUUCCCAGGAGGGAAUGUCUCUAUAUGUAAUGGAAUUUUAGCUAUGCAGACAUUGUGCAGAGAAAAUGCCCUUAAUUACCAUCAGUCACGCGACCCUGUUAGGACUAUGACCAGAUAAGCACAAAUUAACUGUUACAAAUUAAGGUGUAGCAGUGGCAGAGAUGGCAUGUGUUCAUACCUGUAGCAGUAUAUCAGUUUCAAUAUGUCUAUGAAAGCUGGUUAUCUCAAAUCUGCCGAGUAAAGGAAAUAAAUAGUUGAGUCAACUCGAGGUCAGAUCACAUUCUCACCUCAAACAAACCACUCCUGAGGCCACUUUUUCUCAUGGGUCUCUGUGCAGUUAUUUUAGUCCCCUUUUAAGUGUAAUUACUGUACUCACACCUGCCCAAACAAAUCACACCAAUGGUAAAAAAAAAAAAAAUCCAUUAAAAAAAAAUACUUCAUUUAAAUUAUGGAUGGGUGGAGCCACACCUGAUUUAAUUCAUGAGCUAAUCACCAAACUGUGCAAGAAUCUGGACAACAAACUGACUGGACAACCAAGACUGGAGAACAAACACAAACACACAAAGCUGACUCUGAAUACAUCUUGCUACCAGCUUAGACAAAAAUAAAGGAAAGCAGAUGAAAAAAACAAGAUUAUUUUAGCAAAUCCAACACAGCCCAGGUCAACACAGAUGGAAGAAUGUGGUUUCCCCAAGUACUCAAAUUAGGAUACUGAGGUGUUUUUCAAGAUUAGAUUUCAACACAAAAGGAUAUUCAUGGGUUGUGUUAAGUCUUUAAGGUCAUGACAGCAGGCUUAGCAAUGCAAACAGGCAGAGCUGUACGGGAACAGGCGCUUCUUCUGUUCAGAAUGAACACAGGUAAAUGCAAUGUUUGCAUUUUUUUUCUUCCCAAAGUGGAGAUAAAAUCUUUCAGAAGUUGCUUGUUAGAAGCUUUAGGUGUGAGUAAGUACUUGAGCAGAACUUAUUCUGACAAUGGCAGGGAACGCUCUUAUAUUUUUUCCCCCUUCACCUUUCCCCACUUGUUCUUGAUGAAGUGCAGUUGCAGGGUGUGGAGCUCUAGGUACAUGAGUGGUGUUGCUGAUGCCCCUGUCAUUUCUUUCUCUCUGACUUCCUUCUUGUCCUCCUCUUUACCUGCUCCUCUGGCAUUACACUAAACCAAGCUCUGCCUGGAUCUGGAGGAUGAGUGAACUUCGCACUUCAGGAUUCAUUUCCAGGAAUGAUGUCCUCCAAAUCAGCUGGUUUCGUUUACAUCACUGUGACUGCAAGGAGCUCGCUUGAAAGAAGAAGGAACUGAUUGGGUUUACCGUGAUGGAGUUUAAAAUGGAUUAUAUUGUCUGUGUUUGUUCUUUUUGUUUCCUUUCUUGUGUUUUUAUUUGUUUUGCUGUUGUGCACUUGUGAGUAAAGCAAAAUGCUCUGUCUCACUCUCUCAAGGCAAGACAAAUGAGAUGAGACACUGGAUCUGGGCUCAAUCAGAUUUGAUUGAAUUAAAUGAUCAGCUUAUGCUCUAAAAGCCCUUUCAUACCAAAUGGUAUCCCCCUUCUCAAAGUACAGAAAAAUGUUUAUUGAUAUAGUUUAUUGAACUAAUACUUUUAAAAAAAUGUAAUCCACACAGUUGAGUGUGGAGUGUUGAUAUUGUACAUUAAGAGUUAAAACAGUCAUCUAUGUAAAACCUCUCCUAUAGUUAGAAAGAGUGAUACUGAUAGAUACGGACUGUUUGAUUCAGCUCUGCUCAAGUGGAGAGUCGUGCUGCGGGGCCUCCGAGUUGGAAUUCAGGGACUUGUGUGUGUUUACACUGCACCUCGACACACUUUCUGUUCACCCAGUUCCAUUAAAGAGUUCAGACGUUGCCUCACAACAGUGCGUCUGCACUCGCCAAGUCACCCUUCUCCUCUUAGACUCAUACAUCCCUCUCUGUUGUGUUUAUGGUAAAAGCUACUUAAAUGAAUGUUUCUGACUUUAAUGCUUCCACUAUGCUCCGCUGUGCUCCAUGAUAAAUAUAGGGGCACCAUAUGCAGGAAAGUGGUGAAUGUUUUAACUAUAGCUACAGUCUUCAGUUUGAACCUAUUUAAACACUUCAUAAAGGCUACAAUCCUGAUAAAAAGUAAUGCAAUCCUUGUUUAGCUUGGAAAGCAUGUAAAAGUGGCCCUCUGGCCAAAAUGACAUACUCACCUACUUACAGUGAUAGCACAGUAGUUUCCAUAGCACUUUUUCAGUGCGGUCAAACCUAAUCCACAAAGGGCCAGUGUGGCUGCAGGUGUGCAUUCCAAACAACCAUUAGCACACCUGAUUCCACUUGUUCAGUUAAUUGGUCAGUCUUUAAACAACUGAUGAAGUGUUCCUGCUUGGCUGGAAUGAAAACCUGCAGCCAUGCCAGCGGAUUAGGUCUAACACUCCAACUCCUACCGAUCCUCAUUGGCUGUGGGACGUUUUAUGCCGAAAUGCCCUUUAAAUUUGGUCAGACUUUUCCUCUGGUGUUAAACGUGUACCUGUAUGGAAAGAGGCAGCAGAGAUCACUUUUUGUUUGUCUUCUUCUCAUUUGUUUACUGGACAUCAUCACCAACAACCUGGAUAAACAUGGAUUCAUCACAAAUGUAAUUUGUUUUUCUUCAUUUAAAGCUUUUGUCCUACUGACUGAUUUUAGGGGAUAUGUAAGUAGUGAUAUAUGUAAGAAAUACAGGUUUGAAAUGUAUACAUUUUAUAUUUUUCUUUUGUUUUAAAGUAUUGAAGGUUCAGCCUUCAGUCGAACACUGUGCCAUCCCAGUGCUGCCAAGCCCAGUCACUACUGCAUUGUCUCCUCUCCAGUGAAACCAGCAGUGGUUAGUUAAUUGAGCAUAUCUGAUGGAGCAGAUCACUCAUUGCCAAUGUGUAAGAACUAAAAUGUUGAGGAGGGGAGGCUAGUCGAAGAAGGAUAGGGGUACAUUUCUGUAAAAAAUGAUUGCCAGUAUUUAUCGUCUUCUGGCUGAGCUUCACCACUACAAUUCAUAUGUAACCUGUAUCAAAAUGUAUAGAUUGUGAAACAUGUUAUUGAAUGUCUAAAAAGAUUAUGGCUUGAGAUUAUAUUAAAGUAUUCAUGAUUCAGAGAAAAAAAACAUCUAGGGUUUAUUGAAAUAUUUUGCUUGUACUGUAUAGUGUUGGUAUAGAUACAUCAACUGGAGAAUGGAGAGAGGACUUGGCUGUAAUAAAAUAAUUUUAGUACA